UCGCUUAGUGGGUACCGGACUUGCUCCUAUUCGUAAUCGCCCUGCCCGCGAACUCACAGAUACCCAUACACUUCUCCCCGCGCCGCCCGUUCGCCAUGACCGCCAUCGUCGCCUCCCCAACGCAGGCAGCGCCAAAUAUGACGCCCGACUACGAGGUCAAGCUCCUGCUCAACCCCACCGCGGUCCUCGGCCCCGACAACGAGCUCACGAGCACCGUCCUGUUGACCUUCGACAUGCCCCCGACCGUCACCAAGCUGAAUGUCCAGUUUCUCGACAAGAGCUGCAAGGAGAUCUAUACCGCCGGCUGGAGCCCCCGCAUCCGCAAGACUGAGAACGAGGACGACUUCGAGCUGACGUAUAAGAAGCGGUAUGUCAUCACGGGCGGCGACAUAGACGCCGCGCUCACCACGGCUAAUAACGAUGGUUUCGACGCCGGCGACGCGAAAUACGAGGCGCAAGUCGAAUGGGGCUACCAGAAGCAGACACUCUCUAUCAGCCGCAAGAAGACAGCGGCGGAUUCUGGGAACAGCGGGAUGGACCUGCCGGGGACGAGCAACUCGCGUGCGAUGCUGAUCGACGAAGCGCCCGACAAGUUCGACAACUGGCUGCCCAGCAACUGGGGCACCGGCGCGUUGGCGAUGUCGCGCAUUUUUGGCCCGGUCCUCGCCAAGCGCUCGAUUGGCACAUGGAGCGGGAUGCGGCUGUCCAUCGAGGUCUGGCCCAUCCUCAACUCUUCGGGCACGGGAAUCGAGUACAUCGUCGAGGCGUCUUUCAAGACGAAGAGCCGCACGACAGCCUCGAUCAAGCACGGCAGCUUCACCACCUACUUGCAGGGCAAGGGUUGGUUUCUCGCACAGGACUCGCUUAAGACGCAGCUCAUUAUGGAGCGCUACUGGAAAGUUAUUGGACUCAGGGAUGGAUCUUGAUCUGGCUUCUGCGAUGAAGGAUUCCGAAGAAGAAAAAAAAUUGAUUACCGGUUAUGGA